UUUCUAAUGUGUGCACCUCAUGACGCCCACUUUUAUGAAGGUGCUCGCGUUCCUCCCACCUUAUGAAGGAAAAGUAGUCCUUGAACUAGGAGCUGGUACUGGUCAUUUUACUGGUGAACUAGCCAGAAAGGCUGGUAAGGUCAUAGCCCUCGAUUCCAUUGAAAGUGUGGUAGAAAAGAAUCAGAGUAUUAACGGGAACCAUCAAAAUGUCGAAUUCAUAUGUGGCGAUGUUACUUCGGCAGACUUAAACCUUGCAGCCGAAUCAGUUGACUUAAUCAUCUCAAACUGGAUGUUCAUGCAUCACUCCAACAAAGAGGUUGAGGAGAUUGCUAAAAGCCUUCUAAAUUUGCUGAAGGUUGGGGGAUACAUUUUCUUUAGAGAGAUGUGUUCAAGUGAAUCUGAAGACCAUAAGCAAGAGAACAACACAUUCCGUGAACCUAAGUUUUACACUAAGAUCUGUAAGGAAUGUCACAUAUCUGAUACAUCUGGUAAAUCGUAUGAACUCUCUCUUGUUCGAUCGAAAAGCCUUGGAACUUACAUACUCGACAAGGAAAGUCAUAAUAAGAUCUGCUGGAUAUGGCAGAAGGUGAAUUCUGAGGACGAUAGGGGGUUCCAGCACUUCUUGGAUAACGUCCAAUACAAAAGCAGUGGCAUUCUACGUUAUGAACGCAUAUUUGGACAUGGGUUUGUCAGCACAGGAGGAAUAGACACCACAAAAGAAUUUGUUGCAAUGCUGGAUCUGAAGCCUGGCCAGAAAGUUUUGGAUGUUGGAUGUGGUAUCGGGGGAGGUGACUUCUAUAUGGCUGAGAACUUUGGAGUUGACGUUGCUGGCAUUGAUCUUUCUGUAAAUAUGAUCUCUAUUGCUAUUGAACGAUCAGCUGGGCUCAAAUGCUCAGUUGAAUUCGAGGUUGCUGAUUGUACUAAGAAAACGUAUCCUGACAAUUCGUUUGAUGUUAUCUACAGCCGUGACACCAUCCUGCAUAUUCAAGAUAAACCUGCAUUGUUCCAAACCUUCUACAAGUGGUUGAAACCAGGUGGCAAAGUUCUCAUUAGUGACUACUGCCGAAAAGCUGGAACAUCGUCCGAAGACUUUGCAGAAUACAUCAAGCAAAGAGGAUAUGAUCUCCAUGAUGUUGAAACUUAUGGGCAGAUGCUUAAAGAUGCCGGCUUUGAAGAGGUGACAGCAGAGGAUCGAACAGAACAGUUCAUAGAAGUUCUGCAGAGGGAACUGGAAAGAGUUGAGAAGGAAAAGGAAGAAUUCAUCAGAGACUUUACCGAAGGAGACUACAACGACAUUGUUGGUGGUUGGAAGGCAAAACUUGUCAGGACCGGCUCCGGUGAGCAGAGGUGGGGCUUGUUCAUUGGGAAAAAAGAAGUAAUGGCAUGAUGGAUAUUUGUAUUCCUUGUGUUUUAUGUUUUGAACAACCCGAUUUCAAAAUAAAUAAGAUUGGUGCAUGAGUCUGGGACACCUAUCUUGUGGGUUGUAAUUUAAGUACUCUGUGUGUUAUAUUUUAAUGCAUUAGCAGUUGAUGAGUUGCCCUA